AUGAACCUCUCCGCAAUCCUAACCCUCUCCCUCGCCUCCCUCGCCGCCAUCGCCUACCCCAUCCCCUACCAGCACCGCCGCGCCCUGAACCCCUGGGCCCUGACGGAGAAGUUAAUGCCUCAUUCGGGGAUCCCCCAAACGGUCGGGAAAGUGGGGAAGGCGUUGAGUUCUUAG